CGACGGUGAUCCACCAGCGACCCACAAAAAAAAUCACCUUUUUUCUUAAUUGUUUAACAUGUUGUCAUCACAUCCGAUUUGAAUCGUGCACCGGAAAAAAAUGUGUAAAUUUGAACGAAGAGGAAAUAUAAAUAUUACAAGGACAGCACGAAAAUUGGAAAAAACGUUUGAAUUACUCUUCGUCGUCUUUUCGAUAUUUUUACAAACGUCCUUCGGACUUUUUAUUCUAUCCGAACGCGGUGUAACAUAAAAUUCAUGUGUGGCGAGAAAGUUUAAAAAGGACUUUAUCUCCGAUUGUCAUUGCGGACCAAACGCGCGCAAUACACGUUUGCUCGGGUGAGCGUCAAUUAAAUUUCUCGAGAGAGACUUUCCCCGCGUCGAGAUAAUUCUCAAGACGCUCGGAUCUCUACAACGUAGCGCAUCGCACCUUCGCAAUUCGGAUGAUACGCAACAAUUUGCCGCAUGAUAUGCAGACCGUGUAAACGAUGUCUCCGUAUAUAUUAAACACCCUGUAUCCUCGGACUCGGUAGGAGUCGGUCGACGUUCAGUUCGGAACGACUAAAAUGCACAAAUCGUCCUCGAGUAGAACCGUCGCGACAGUUUGGUCACCAAAGAAAGAGAAGUAGAAACGUAGAGAGUUUCGUAAGAGAGAAUAAAAAAAAAACUUGCUUCACAAACUUGAGGAAUUUCUGAAACAAUGACCGGACGUCGGUUGUUGAUCGCGUUCCUGACGUGCUAUAUUGUAUCUUGCGUCUGCGUCGACAUCCUCGGCUGGCAUAAUCGCGGCAGACACAAAAUCGCGGCGGACAGAAGACGAUUCUGGCAGACAAACGAUGCCGCUACAUCGUUUCCUCGCGCGACGAAACGCAAAUGGGAAUCGGCGAUGGUCCAGAACAACAAUCGGAGUCAAAUCGGCAGAGAGAAAAGAUUCUUCUCGCUGUUCACACUGGUCAAGUUCGACAACAACAUCUGCGACGGAUCGAACGGAGAGAACGGCACGUGUCUCGCGGCGGCGGAAUGCUCGCAGCGUGGCGGCAUCUCCGGUGGCGUUUGUGCGAACGGUUACGGUGUUUGUUGCAUAGUGACGGUAUCUUGCGGCGGGAUGAUCGCCGCCAACAACACGUACUUCGUCAAUCCGAAUUAUCCGUCCAACUUCGACGGCAUGGAAUCCUGCCAGGUGACACUGGUGAAGUCGCAUCCGGAUGUUUGCCAAUAUCGAUUAGACUUCGCGCAAUUUAAUAUCAGAGGUCCGGAAACGACAAACAACGUCUGCAGUUACGAUCAGUUCAUCGUUUCCGGCGGUAAUCCGGUGCCGACGAUAUGCGGCAACAACAACGGGAAUCACAUGUACGUGGAUACGGGCGUCGGACAAACCAAUCCGGUUACUUUGACCUUUGUCACGAGCGGCAGUUCGUUUCCGCGAUCGUGGAAAGUUCGCGUAUCACAGAUACGAUGCAGCACGAUCUAUCGCGCCGAAGAGGGCUGUCUCCAGUAUUUCACUGGGGUGUCCGGUCAGAUAAAAUCCUUCAACUACGAUCCCACAACCGGAUUGCAGUUGUCGAAUCAGGAUUACAGCAUAUGCAUCAGGAUGGAGAGAAACUUUUGCGGAAUCCAGUACACGGCGUGUACUGAAGACGCUCAGGGAAUAAUGAUGACCACCACAACAGCGGGUCAAAUAAUGCGCAGCAACGCGUUCACGCUGACGGGAAAUACGCAGAACACGCAAAUUGCCUCGAUGACGGGGGUGUCUUGUGUGACCGAUUGGCUUUCGAUACCGUGCGCCACAAAUCUGGGACGGAUUCCCACGACGCCGCUUAUGUGCGUCGAUCGAUUGUGCGGCGGUACCUUCAACGCGGAACCGCAGAAUUUGAACGCGUCAUCCGUUAUCAGUACUGUAAAACCGUUCAGAUUAAUUUUUCACACGGACGGCACCGAGGCACCCGCCGACGUCGGAAAUCGCGGCUUCUGUCUGAAUUACGUGCAACAACCGUGCACAACCAGAUUGUAAAAUAAUGGCGUUAUGAUUAAAAAGGA